AGGGAGCUCACAAGAGUUUCAUUGCGGAAUGUAAGGCACUCAGAAAUGUUAGACACAGAAAUCUGGUUAAGAUUUUAACAUGUUGCUCCAGUAUGGACUUCAAAGGCAAUGAAUUUAAAGCUCUAGUUUUUGACUACAUGGAAAAGGAAGCUUGGAUAAAUGGUUGUAUCCAGAGUUUGAAAGUGAAGAUCAGUCAAGAACAUUAGACCUUCAUCAAAGACUAAAUAUUGUCAUUGAUGUUGGUUCUGCACUGGACUAUUUUCAUGAUGAAAAUGAGCAGCAAGUUAUUCACUGUGAUUUGAAGCCAAGCAAUGUCCUUCUUGAUAAUGACAUGGUUGCUCAUGUGAGUGACUUUGGAUUAGCAAAGCUUAUCUGGACUACGAAUGGUAUCUCUCACAAUCAAAGUAGCACAAUUGGAAUAAGGGGAACUGUUCGCUAUACUCCUCCAGAGUAUGGAACAGGAGGUGAAGUUUCGACACAAGGAGAUGGGUAUAGCUUUGGGAUUCUUUUGUUGGAACUGCUCACUGGAAGAAGACCCAUUGACGAAAUGUUUGCAGGUGGUAUUAAUCUCCAUAAAUAUGUCAAGAUUGCCUUGCCAGAUAAACUGUCACAAAUCGUGGACCCUGUCCUCCUCAGAGAAUUAGAACAAAAAAGCUCCACCUGCUGAAGAAGAAAAGCACAGGAAUGAUCGGCUAAGUGAGAUUCACAUGGAGAAGUGCCUGCUUGAACUUUUUUAUAUUGGACUUGCUUGUUCAGCUGAACCACCCCAAGAAAGAAUGAAUAUGAGGGAUGCAACCAGAGAACUAGAUCAAAUCAGAAGUGCUUUUCCUGCUGGCAGAAGAAUGGAGACUAGGCACUCGUAUCACAAUGAAGGGUUGACACUGAACACUACCCAUACUACUGUUUAAGUCUUUGCAGAACCACUUUUUUCUUCUUUUUUCAUGUGCUGUUGCUGUCUCUGUAAACUAAGCCCUUGAGAUUUAUCAAGCUUGAUAUCAAUUCAUGUAUGAUGUAAUUUGAGAACUAGAAUCAAUCUUAUUCAAAGGUGGUCCAAUAAGAAGAGAAUGGUGCAGAGGGUAG